CUGGAAUUUCGUCACUCCUGAGUGAUUCGGCUUCCAAGGAACCCCCAUCUGCCUGUAUAAAGAGAAGAAGGGGAAACUCAUGGAGCUCAUUCUGGAGCAACCGAGAGCUUGGACCUUGACUGCUUCUGCACCCUCGGCUUUGAGCAACAAGCCUCCUCUUCCAUUCCACGAGCAAAAAUGAAGAGCUUCAUUGCUGCCUUUGCUUUCCUGCUGACCAUCACUGCACUUCUCUUCUCCCAGGCUCAGUCUCAUAUAGGUAAGUCCCCCUUUCCUUCUUCACAGCAUCACUGCCAAAGGCAUCUCAAGCCUUGGGGACCACAGUCCACACCACCAUCUUAUUCCAAGGCCGUCCUGCACUCCUGGCUGCUCCUGCUGCCCCAGGAGCUGGGCCAAGCAGGAGAGGGCUAUUGGUGGCCACCAGCCAUGGUGGCUACGCUCUGCCUCUGUGGCUGGAGACAGCAACACUUCUGGAGACAAGUUGAUGGAACCCAUGGGAAGGGAGUGUGCUCGGGUCCCACUUGUGGGCUUCCUAUUGGGGCAUCUGGUUGGCCAUUGUGAGAAGAGGAUGCUGGACUAGAUGGGCUACUGGCCUGAUGCAGCAAGGCACUUCAGAUGUUCUUUUAAAACUCCUUCCCACUGGCGCCAAUGAUGGCCACCAACUUGGAGGACUUUAGAAGAGCAUUAGUUCAAUUCAUGGAGGAUAGCAUGGCUCCUCUUAUAUUCUUUAGGGGGAGCACAGUGAAGGAGGGAUUGUCCCCUCCCAAAGGGUUUGCUUGGGAGGAGAGCAGGGCCCCACUGCAACCCUCCCCAAGGCACCUCUGUUGGCCAGAGAGAGAGUCCCAGGUUCACUCCCCAACAUUUCCAGGUAGGGCUGGGAAUGCCCCACAUCUGACACCACACCGAGCCACUGCCAGUCAUAGCAGACCAUAGUGAGCUAGAUGGGUUGACUUGCUGAAAGGUAGCUUCUUAUGUGCCUAUUAAAUUAGCCCUCUAAGAUUUCAGCACUCAUGACUGUGGAUAGUUUUAGGGAAAGAACAGUAACUCAGUGCCAGAGCAUCUGCUUUGAAUGCAGGUCUCGUGUUCAAUCCCAGCCACAUCUCUAGGUUAGGCUGGGUUAGGCGUGAAAUCCCAAACAGCUGCUGCUGCCAGUCUGUGUAGACAAUAUUGGCUUAGAUGGACCAAUGGUCAGACUUGGUAUAAAGUAGCUUCCUAUAUUUAAUAACAGUCCUUGAUUCAGAAUCCUUGGGACUAGACUCUUACUUUGGGGGAAGAAGCUCAGUGACAGAGCAACUGCCUUGAAUGUAGAAGAUCUCAGGUCCAAUCCCCUGUGGAGCCAAAUCAGGACUGCAGGAAGCAGAAGUCAUUUGUUCACUCCCUUCCGCUCUUCUCUCCCACAGACUCAGGCUACUGCUGUAACAAAUACGUUACGAAACCCAUACCACUUAGACUCUUGGUGUCCUAUGACUAUGCAAGCAGCAAGUGCUCCCUGCCAGCUGUCGUGUAAGUAUGAAAAACUUGGAAAACAAUUCGUGGGUGAUCAGCCAAGCUACAAAUUAUUAGCAAUAGCUGCAGAGGCCAAAGCCCCUUUGCAAUUCCAUACCAGAUCAGGGGGCUUCAGGGAAUCGCCUCUCCGUCCAGGAAGUGACCUGGUGGCCUUAGGGAAGCCUCAGCCCCUGACCCCAACUCUGAGGAGGUGCAGGUGGGAGAGCGAGUCAACAGCUUCCCAGGGGAGGGAGAGGCUCUGGAGGGUGAAUGCCAGGGGUGCCCUCCUCUUCCCCACCCCCAGGCCAAAGCCGGGAUGCCAUUCUCCAUGUAGCUCUGGGACAGAGCACCUGUUUGCCUAUAGAUGGUCCCAGGUACAGUCCCAGGUGGGGCUGGGAUAUAAAGGUAAAGGGACCCCUGACCAUUAGGUCUAGUCGUGACUGACUCUGGGGUUGCGGCGCUCAUCUCGCUUUAUUGGCUGAGGGAGCCAGCGUACAGCUUCCGGGUCAUGCGGCCAGCAUGACUAAGCCGCUUCUGGCGAACCAGAGCAGCGCACGGAAACGCCGUUUACCUUCCCGCCGGAGUGGUACCUAUUUAUCUACUUGCACUUUGACGUGCUUUCGAACUGUUGGGUCGGCAGGAGCAGGGACCAAGCAAUGGGAGUUCACCCCGUCGCGGGGAUUUGAACCGCUGACCUUCUGAUCAGCAAGUUCUAGGCUCUGUGGUUUAACCCACAGCACCACCCGCGUCAGUCCUUCCCAAAACUUCAGAGAGCCACUGCUGCAAGUCAUUGUAGACAGUGCAGAGCUUCUGACGCUCUGGCUGGCUGGGCACUAAACAGGCAUUUCUCUCUUUGCAGAUUUACCACGAAAGCGAAUAGGCGGCAGUGUGCAGACCCCAGUGCCGCAUGGACCCAGGAACGUAUCCAAAGUCUCUCCCAAACAUUGACAACACCCAGCAAGGAAUGAGAAAACCAAGUGCGCGAAAGCCUUGCCGUGUGCAGAACAUGCACAGCCACCCACACCCACCCAUGUUACAGUUGCACUUUAUUAUAAUGUAUUUUAAUUUAUUUAUGUUAGCAUAUUUUAAGCAGUUGUGUGUUUUUGUAUUAUUGUUUUCCACAAGGGAAGUGAGAUAGCUCAGAGGUUUUUUCUGUAAAGCAUCGUCACAAAGACCUUUCAUGAUAAUAAAUAUCAGGG